AGGACGGUGCCGUGCCGGGGGGUUCGGUGCCUCUGGUUCAAAGACCUUGUUGCCAGCCCCUCCCCAGGUGCCCCAGCAGUGGGGGAUGCUCGGGCUGCGCCGCUGCAGGAAAUGCUCGUCACCAACCUGGCUGCGAAUUGAGGGGUUAUUUUUGAGACUUGAGGACAGGAGGUACCGGGGACCGUGCUCAGGGUUCGGCAGCCCCCAUGUCUCCAUCCUACCCCAUCUCCCGACCCCCUACAGCACUGUGCGGGGGGCAGGAGGGACCCCAGGGGUGGCGCCAGCCAGGGAUGGCAACACAAAAGCAAGCGCUGGGUUUGCUGUUGGCUUUUUCCCUUCCUCCACUAGUGCCAAACCCUUUACAAAAGCAGUUGCCUCCUGGGGAUUCAACUUUCACAGAAGCAAUUUUUUACAAGUGGUGCCAAGGAAGGUGUGGGGUGACCCAAGGAUCAUUUUGGGUGCUGCUUCCCAUUCCAACAGGACACAGGGAGACCCCCAUGUGCACCCCAAGGCUGGGGCACAGCCCAGGGCCUGGUUACGAUCCCCACCGCUCCUUGCCAAUGGCACCCGUGGUGCUGGCAAGCACAAUGAGAACGGGGCUGCAUGGCUGCCCCUGGGAAAUGUCCCUGCCAGGGUGGAUGCUGCAUCUCGUGCUGCCAUCACGGUGCCCCUCCAGCUGCCGCAGCCCCCCCGGUGCAGCUGGGCUUCCUGCCCGUGUCUCCGCAGAGCAGCCGGCAGGUACCUGCGGCUUCACGUUUGAUCGCAAAAGCCAAAACAAUAGUGUUGUGGUUGUUCUGCUCUGAGCUGCCUCCAAAAACACAGACAGGGCUGGCAGCCUGGCGGGGUCGCAAUGUGUCCCUUUGCUGUCACUGCAGCUCUUGGGGUCUGGGGUGACCUGGUGGUGAUGAGCAAAGAGAGGGCUGUGAGGUGCAGGAUGGGUCCCACAACUUGUGUAGGAUCCAAGGUGGUCGGGGACAGCUGGUGCACAGUCACCACCCACCUGCUUAUACUGAGCGCUAGGGAGGGGACAACACAGGGGACAGGGGGGGCUCAGCUAGCUGGUGACAAACCCGUGCUCAUUGCUGGCCCCCCGCAGCACAUCCCCAGCCCAUGGAUGUGCUCGCCGACCAGCCGAGGGCUCAGCAUCCCCUGGUCCCUGGGGAUCAGUGGCACCCAGCGCAGGGACCCUGGGUGCUGGGGAUGGCAGGAAGCCAUCGGGGUUUGUCACUAGCUCUUGCGGUUGUGCGCGAGCUGUGAACCAGCUUCUCUAGAGUUUGCUCAUGAGGCAGGAAACCAGGGCAGGCAGCGGCGGGGAGCGCGCGCCCGCGCGCGGGGGGCUCGUCUCCGCUCCCCAGAGGGUCAUCGCGCUCCUGCCGGGGAUGGCGAGGACGUGAGUGGGGACAGCGCCUUCCCCCGCACCGCUGGGCCAUGGCAGUGUGAGACCCGCUGCUCCUCGCCUCGCGGCCAACAGACCAACCAGCCCCAGCCAUAGAAGUGCGUGAGGAAGGACCAGCGCAGGGCAGCUCCUCUGGAAAGCACCGCCACCAUGGGCUGCUGCUGCAGCUCGGACUACGACGAGGACUGGAUUGAGAACAUCGACAUUUGCGAGCACUGCAACUACCCCAUCGAGCCCAACAACAAGCGCCAGAAGCUGAUCCGCAACAACUCCGAGGUGCAAGACCCUCUGGUGUCCUACGAGGCCACGUCUCCGCCAUGCUCCCCCCUGCAAGGUGAGGUCCGGCCUCGGCGGGGGGUGGCUGUGGACACCCCCCCAGUUGGCCACGGCCACCCUGUCGCUCCGCUUGUCCUCCCAGAUAAGCUGGUGGUGGCCCUGUACAACUACGAGCCCAAGCACGAUGGGGACCUGGGGCUGCAGAAGGGCGAGAAGCUCCGUAUCCUGGAAGAGAGCGGGGAGUGGUGGAAGGCGCAGUCGCUCACCACCGGCCAGGAGGGUUUGAUCCCUUACAACUUCGUGGCCACAGUGAACAGCCUGGAGCCCGAGCCGUGGUUCUUCAAAAACAUCAGCCGCAAGGAUGCGGAGCGGCAGCUCUUGGCUUCGGGCAACACACACGGCUCCUUCCUCAUCCGGGAGAGUGAGACCUCCAAAGGCUCCUACUCGUUGUCGGUGAGGGACUUUGACCAGAAUCAGGGCGAGACGGUGAAGCACUACAAGAUCCGCAACAUGGACAACGGGGGGUACUACAUCUCCCCCCGCGUCACCUUCAGCAGCUUGCACGAGCUGGUGGAGUAUUACACACGCAGCUCGGAUGGGCUGUGCACCCGUCUCGGCAAACCCUGCCGGACCCAGAAACCGCAGAAGCCGUGGUGGCAGGACGAGUGGGAGGUGCCGCGGGAGUCCCUGAAGCUGGUGGAGAAGCUGGGAGCAGGGCAGUUUGGAGAAGUCUGGAUGGGUUUCUACAAUGGCCACACCAAGGUGGCUAUCAAAAACCUGAAGCAGGGCAGCAUGUCGCCCAGCGCCUUCCUGGCAGAGGCAAACCUCAUGAAGAACCUGCAGCACCCGCGGCUGGUGCGGCUCUACGCCGUGGUGACCAAGGAGCCCAUCUACAUCAUCACUGAGUACAUGGAGAAGGGCAGCCUCGUGGAUUUCCUCAAGACCUCAGAAGGAGUCAAGCUCAGCAUCAACAAACUGCUGGACAUGGCCGCGCAGAUCGCUGAGGGCAUGGCCUUCAUCGAGGCCAAGAACUACAUCCACCGCGACCUGCGGGCCGCCAACAUCCUCGUGUCCGACACCCUGUGCUGCAAAAUCGCCGACUUCGGGCUGGCGCGUCUCAUCGAGGACAACGAGUACACGGCUCGCGAGGGGGCUAAAUUCCCCAUCAAGUGGACAGCGCCGGAAGCAAUUAAUUACGGGACAUUCACCAUCAAGUCCGACGUCUGGUCGUUCGGCAUCCUGCUGACCGAGAUCGUCACCUACGGCCGGAUCCCGUAUCCAGGGAUGACCAACCCCGAGGUGAUUCAGAACCUGGAGCGCGGGUACCGCAUGCCGCAGCCCGACAACUGCCCGCCGGAGCUGUACGAACUGAUGAGGCAGUGCUGGAAGGAGAGACCCGAGGAACGUCCCACCUUCGAGUACAUGAAGAGCGUGCUGGAGGACUUCUUCACCGCCACCGAGGGCCAGUACCAGCCCCAGCCGUGAGCAUGCCCCCGUGUUGGGGUGCUGGGGGUACCCCCCGGUGCCUGGUCCCCACAGACUCUGUUCGCAUCGCUGCCUGGACCUCGGCUGUAAAGAUUUGAAGCGCUUCAGAUCUUUGGAGUGGCAGGUUUCGUUCCCCCCAAGAAGAUGAUGGACAACCAAAGCCAAGAUGGGGCUCCACAUUGCGGAGGGCUAGUGUGGGGGGCUACAAAGGAGCCGUGUGGGUGCUGACCGGUGUCCCUGGGGCAAAUCCAGCCCCACACGGGGCCACCCCGACCCCUGCAGCCCUGAGCGGGGGGGACUCGCCUCUUCAUUCACCCCCAAUGAUGCCAGGGACACCCUACAAGCAAUGGCAGCCCCAGUCCUUGGUGUUUGCAGGAGCUGCCCUGGAACGGCCACCGCGGUUUGGGGAAAUUGAGGCCACCAUGAUGAUGCUCUCGGGGGCACCCGGCGGUGUCAGCCCCCCAUGGCCCCACUCUCACCCACCCCGGGUGGGACAAGUCGGGGUUGGGGUCCUGCUGGAGGCAUCUACCGUGUCCCCCCCGCCGCCAAAUGGUUCAGCCCCCACCUGGCGUCCCCCCCG